GCCGCCGCCCGGGAUCAUGGCCGCGCCCGGGACCGCGCCGCCCGCCGUAGCAAGAGGAGGUGACGUGAAGAUGGUCUCCCGGCGGAAGGCGAUGCGUUGGGAUCAGAAACGGGCGUGAGGUGGCAGGAGUCAGGACGUGACGGGGAAGAAUUUCUGCUAACACAUAUGGUCCCCUCUGAAACCAUGCCCGAAAUGACCGAGAAUGAAACUCCCACCAAGAAACAGCACCGAAAGAAAAACCGGGAGACGCACAAUGCAGUGGAGAGGCACCGGAAAAAGAAAAUCAAUGCUGGGAUAAACCGCAUUGGGGAGCUCAUCCCCUGCUCCCCUGCACUGAAGCAGAGCAAGAACAUGAUCCUGGAUCAAGCCUUCAAGUAUAUCACGGAGUUAAAGCGGCAGAACGAUCAGCUUCUCCUCAACGGAGGCAACAACGAACAAGCGGAAGAGAUCAAGAAGCUCCGGAAGCAACUGGAUGAGAUCCAGCGGGAAAACGGCCGCUACAUCGAGCUGCUCAAGGCCAACGACAUCUGCCUGUACGACGACCCCACCGUGCACUGGCGAGGCGCCCUGCGCGGCCCCAAGGUGUCUGUGCUCAUCCCAGGGGACCCGGCGCCCAAGAACAUCAUCGUCUGUUCGCACGGGGGCCAGCCUGUGCCCAGCGGCCCCACUACCCCGGCCCAGGGCAUCACCUUUGGCCUUGGUCACGGCCUACAGAAGCAGACGGCCAAUGUGGUGCCUGUGCCGCGGGCAGGUGGUCCCGCGGCACCCGGGUCCGGUCCCCGCGAGGACAAGCCGCGGCGCCGGAGCCCGCCACCGGUCCCCUCCGCCCCCGCUCCCUCCCAGGAGGCCCUGCGGCCUCCCACCUCAGACGGGAGCCGGGACACCUUGCCCCAGAGUGGCCGAGGGGCAGCUCCCCAGAGUCCCCGGCCCCCGGAGGGCGGCAUCUCCUGUGGAACCGCCCGGGCCCCGAGCCCCCAGGAAGCGGCCAGCCACAGUCGGGCGGCGUCGGGCCCGGACCUCGCCGGCUCCCAGCCGACCCGACCCCUGGCCCCAGGCCCGUCCCCUCCGGCCGAUGGGGGCCAGAAGGCAGGUCCGGCGGGUGGUCCCGGUGCAGCUGAGGGGGCUGCGGCCGGAGGUGCGCAGGCCACCGGCCCUUUGGCCGGCUCCUGGCCCCUCCCCGGCACUCUGUCUGCUGCAGGCCUUAGUACAGGUGACUCAAAGAGCCCAGGCAGCACCCAGACCACGUGGUCCACCCUGCAGCUGGCUGGGAGCACCAUCCAGCCACUAAGCCAGACCACCAGCGGGCAGACGCCCACACCUCUUCCGAGCCCUGCGCCUGCCCCCCUCCCUUUCUCCACGGACAAGCAGCCUGCCGACCCGGGGGCUGGGAGCCUGACCUGUCCAUCCCUCCCAGUGCUCUCCACCCAGGCCGUCGCCCCGCCCCCGGCCACCGCCCCACCUCCGCCUGCCGCCCCACCCCCGGCCAUCGCCCCACCCCCAGCCGUCGCCCCCACCCCGCAUGUCACCAAACUCUCAGCUGUCGCCCCAACCCCAGCUGGCAUCCUACCGCUGAAUCCAGCCAUGCAGGUCAUCCAGGUGGCCCCGCCGGCUGGGGCGACCAUGGGCGCGGCACCGCUCAACCCCAAUGUCAUCAUCCUCCAGCCCCCGAGUGCCGCCCCGGGGGCCCCCGGCCUAAGACCGGACGCCCCCGGCCAACCACUGGGGCAGCAGAUCGUCAUCAUCCAGGCUGCGGCCAACCAGAGCCCCCUGCCCCUAGUGACGGCGGCCCCCGGCACCGCCCGAGUGCCCGGUGGGGGCUCUGGGCUGGUAGUGGGUGCCGGCGGCACAGGGCAGGGACUCUCCGGCCCCCAAACCUUCGGAGGGAAGCACCUGGUCCAUAUCCUGCCCCGGCCCGCGUCUCUGUCAUCCACCAGCCUCUCCGUGACGGUGACCAGCCAGCCACCUCCGCCGCCCCCACCUCCUCCGCCGCCCCAGACCAUAUCUCUGAACGGGCAGCUGUUUGCCCUGCAGCCAGUGACGCCGUCUUCGGGACCCGCCGGCCAGGCGGCCAUGCAGAUCAUUCAGCCUACCACCAGCGAGGACCCCCACACCAACGUGGCACUGAAUGCUUUCGGAGCACUGGCCAGCCUCAACCAGAGCAUCUCCCAGAUGGCCGGGAACAGUGGCGGCUCGGCGGUCCCUGCCCCCUGCGCUCCUCCCCCCUCUUCUGCUCCGGCCUCCAGGCCCCCCGAGAAGGCCUCUGGCCUCUCCCUCGCCACCCCCGGAAGGGCGCUUCCUGGAAGCAAGACCAAGAGGACGAGCAAGAGGCUGGGCCCCAGGAGGCAGGGGGCUGGUAAGGUGGUGGGCUCGGGGGGCUCCGCCCGAGGGGGCGAGGGGAAGCCUGAGCUGGCCAACCCCGAUGGGCCCCCGGCACUCUCACCUUGUCACGGGAGGCAAGACAGUGGGCCCGGGGUGUUGCCCGGCACCAGCGGGAGCAUCCCCGACUGCGCAUCGCUGGAGGGUUUGCGGUCUGAGCCGGCGGCACCUAGCUCCUCGCCGCAGCCCGGCACCACGCCCAGUCAGUCCACGAGAGACCCGGGCCCGUCGCCUCCUGACCCCAAGGCGCCGGUCAGUCUACCCCCGCCGAGGGACUCCCAGGCAGGAGCUCCGGCCGAGGCCGGGACGUCCCAGUCCUCUCCCUGCUGUGUUUCGGGUGUCUCCGCCACCCCGCCCCCCGCAGACCCCCCAGGGUCUGGUCCGGCAGCGCCAGGGGCAGUAAUGUCCAGUCCCCCUGGUGCAGAGCACACCCACGAGGCCUCCGCGGUGGCAGCGGAAUCCUGCACCAUCCGGACGGAUGUGACAGCCACGGUGCCCGUCCCGGCCCCGGAGUCGGUAGCUGGAUUCCCAGGGCUGCCGUCUGACCUUCCCGGGGGAACGGGUCAGCAGAUGCCCUCCCAGUUGGACCCCUCCCCCGCCUCUCUCGAGAACUCAACACCAGCUGAGCCAUGCGCCGGUCCUGCCCCGUCAGAUUUGAGGGUGGCGGGUGGCGGGGACUCACCAUCCGGCCCCGGGGUCCUCGGCGGCGCCCUCCCGGCCGGGCGCCAGGAGGACUCUUCCCUGGCGGCGGGCCCUGGGGGCAGCCGUGGCUUCUCGGUGGCCUCCAUGCUCCCCGAUCCAGCCCGUGGCGUCAGUGGCAGCUCGUCCACCGCGUCUGGUGAGGGCUGUCUCUUCCGGGAGCCUACAGACAUCGUGGCUCUGGCCGCCCGAGCGAUUUUUGACCCAGAGAAUCCGAACCAGGGCAGAACAGGAGUGCGGACUGAUGGGCGGGACGGUGCCCCGCGGCCACCGGCCGGAGCCACCCCAUUCGGGGCCCCGGCACCCAAGGGAAGCGGGUCGGCGCCGGCCGACUGUGGCUCUCGGGACCACCAGGCGGGCGUGGGGCGUCCGUGUGAAACGCUAAGCUGCCUGGAGGCGGUCGGACCCCCCGGGGCCUCUCUGCAAGCCCCGGCCUCCCAGGCCCCGAGUCUCGUCCGUCUGAGCGUCAGCAGCCUCGUCCACCCGAGGAGCGGCAGUGGCGGCCACCCUCCGACCAGCGGCACCGGCCCGGCCCAGUCUUCGGAGCAGGAGGCCAUCCCGGGACCGGCAAGCCUGCCUCCCCCCGCCGGCCCCUACACCAGGCCGCCACCCGGCCCCCCCCUCCUGGCCAGUUACUCCCAGGAACAGCUCGCCGUCCUGCCGGCCGCCCACAGCCAGGACGCCCCCAGGAAGCCGGGCCCCGAGAACCGCAAGGAUGCCACCCCCAAGCGCGCAGGUCGAGAUGAUGCUUGCCUUCCUACGGCCAAGCGGCAGAAAUCCGGGCUGCCGACUCCCCUCAGGCCCGAGGGCGUGCCCCUGGCGGGCCGGACCCUGGACAGCCUCUCCGACCAGGCUCCGGCCGCGGUGGGGGGCGUGGCCCCCACGCCCGGGCCCCCGAGCGGCCUGAGCCGGCCAGACGGUCUGAGCCGACUCUUCCUGAGCAGCGCGGGCUUCGGGCCCACGGCCGGGCGGCCUGCCGACGGUCCGUGCUGCCCCCAGCCUCUGGGGUUGGAACAGCUUCCCAGUCAGGCCCCCGCGCAGCACCUGCAGCCCCCGACACAGCACCUCCCUGCUCAAGGUGGUGCCCAGCUGCACGGCACCCACCUGUACCUGAAGCAGCAGCAGCAGGUGCAACAGCAAGGACAGCAGCAGCAGGUGCAGCAAGUGCAGCAGCAGCAAGUGCAGCAGCAGCAGCAGCAGCAGCCGCCGCCACCACCGCAGCAGGCAGCACAGGGAGGCCAGUUACGCGAGAGGCAUCACCUGUACCAGCUGCAGCACCACCACGGGCCCCUAGGCGAGGGCUCCCUCCACGGCCCGCCCCAUGGCACCCACCAGCAGAGGGUGCUGCAGCCAGAGGUGCAGAUGCAAAAGAAAAGGAACCUCGUCCCAGUGCCCCCAGCCCCCCAGCUGUCCCUGCAGGCCAAGCUUCGUGGGAAUGACCAGUCGCGAGCCAAGGUGGGGCAGCCUCACCCCCACCAUCACCAGCAGAUGCCCCCGACCCAGCCCCAGCACUUUGCCGGCUCCCAGUCUGAGAAGAGCUGCGACAACCACCACGGCCACCCGCCGGGCCAUCUCAACCCGGACGUUCUGCACCCUCCCCAAGAGGCGGGGGCCCGGCCGUCGGGGACGGUGGGCCCCUCGGAGCACGGGCCCGGGCCCGGCCAGAUGCAGAGGCUCCUGACGGUGAGGGGCCUGGACCAGCAGCCACCCCCGCCUUUGCCGCAGAUGGUGCCCCAGCCCCCCGUGGCGGCUCGGCCCUCGGAGCUGAGCUGCGGCCCACACCGGCAGGAGCGGCACCGCGUCUCCAGCUACUCGGCCGAGGCUCUCAUCGGGAAACCCGCAUCCACGUCAGAGUCGCGGCUGGGCCUGCCGGUUCAGGGAGCCCGGGGCCCCGAGCAGCUGGAUGUGAGAGGUUAUCUCGGCGUCCCCAGGAACAAGGGCCCGGGCCUCGCCAAUAUGCAGACGCGAGGGGAGCAGACCCCAGCCGCCGCGGACCUCCGCCAGGCCUUUAAGCCGAGCGGCAGCGCCGGACCCCAGCCUCCGGGCAGUUUCGAAGCCCAGCCGCCGCGCAACGGGGACGUCGGUCACCCUGCGCCGGCCCUCAGGGCCCCGCCGGCCCAGGCUUUCCGAGUCGGGCAGGGCAGCGGCCCGCCCGCCGACCGGCAGAAGAGGGUGGCUUACCCCGCGGUCCAGGGUGGGCCCACGGGUGCCACCGCCCUCCCGAGGGAGGGUGGGAACCCCUGCCACCAGAGCUUCAUGCAGAGCUUACUGGCAUCCCACCUCGGGGAGCCGGCCCUCGGGCAUCCCCGGCCACUGGCCGAGCACUCGAGGAGUGCCCAAUGCGGCCCGCUCCCCGCCCUGGAGUACGCCUGCCCCCCGGUGCACGACAGUGUCCGCCUGCGGCGGGACGGGGACGGUCAGGGCCGGGAGAGCUGCGACCUGGCCUUAGGGGCCCUGACCUCAAGGAGUAGUGGUGCCCUCAGCCUCCCUUUCUCGAGCCCCCCCUCCUCCUCGGGGGACGUCCAGGGCCGAAACCCGAGCCCCGGCCUGGUGGCCCAGAAAAUCCAGCCCGGGAGGAUGAGCGAUGGCCAUGGGGGCAAGAGUCACGUGACCCCAGUGGUCUCCUCGAGCAUGCACGGGGGGGCCCGGCCCGGCCCACCCCACCCCCCGGGGCCCCGCGGAGGGGCCGACCCGGGACCCCCCAUCCGCCCGCCCAACACUUCCAUCCCGCAGCGCUCGCGGCACCCUCUUCAGGACGGUGCCGCUGCCAAGCUCCGCCCCCCCGAGCGGAGUCGCCCCGGACCCCACAGGCAUGGGAACGUCUUCGAUCCGACCCUCCCGGCCCUGCCGCACCUCCCUCUGCCUGGCGGGGCUGGCGGGGGCACCACCGGCGGUAGCAUGAUCCUGGGCCGCCAGCAGCCAGGCGCUGAGAAGAGAGGGGGUAUCGUCCGCUUUGUGCCCGAGAGCCCCCAGGGGCCGAGCGACCCCGGCGCGGCUCCGGAUCAGCACACGCUCUCCCAGAACUUCAGCUUCCCGUUCCUACCCGAGGGGGGCAUGAACGCCCCUCUCAAUGCCAACGCCUCCUUCAUGCCACCGGUCACGCAGGCUGGGCCCGCCCGUGCACCCACUCUGCUCCCGGUGGACUCUCAAAACGCCCUGCCCUCUUUCUACCCACCGUAUUCGCCUGCCCACCCACCCCUGCCCAAUGACCUCUCCAUCCCAUACUUCUCCAACCAGAUGUUCUCCAACCCCGGCCCCGAGAAAGCCGACGCUGGCGGGCUGAACAACCGCUUCGGCUCCAUCCUGAGCCCGCCCAGGCCCGUGGGCUUCGCGCAGCCAAGCUUCCCCCUCCUCCCGGACAUGGCGCCCGUGCACGUCGCCAACCCCGCACACCUGCCCAACUUCAACAUGACCUCACUCUUCCCGGAGAUCGCCUCGGCUCUGCCCGACGGCUCGGCUGGGUCCCCCCUGCUGUCUGUGGCCAACCCGGCCGCCUCGGACUCGGCCAAACAGCCAUCCAACAGGCCUGCCCACAACAUCAGCCAUAUUCUGGGGCAUGACUGCAGUUCGGCCGUGUAGCGGGGGUGGAGGGGCGGGCAAGCCCCAGCCCCCUCCGGGGGGUGGGGAGUAUGGGGGCAGACCCCGACUUCAGCCUAUUGGCUGUCCUGAGCCCCGCUGUCCGUGGGUCCAGUAGUCAGUCGCCUCCCUCCUCCUGCCUGCUUCGGGUCAGAGGUAAUUUUUCAGGGAGAAGAGUUGGAUGAUGCCGUCCCUCGACCAACUCCCCGGAAAAUGAAGCCAGAUGUACAGGUAAUGUGGUGAUUUGGGGGUGUAAUUAAUAAUCCCCUUAAAUAGGCUGGCCCGGCACCAGCUCUGAAGACGUUACCGGGAAAAUCGGUCCAUCAGUGGUACUUCUUGAGAGCCUACUGUGUCCAGCGCAGAGGAAGGCCGGAGGGGCGACCUCUUGGAAGCGGUGUCGGGGUUGGGGGAAGGCUGUUAAUUUGGGUGGCUGGUUCAGGCCUUCCCCAGACCUCCUGGGGUGGAAAGUCAGAUAAGACCUUGGCUGUGUGGUAACAGUGUUGGCCGGAAGCUGGCUGGGGAAAUGGAGAAGGGAAGACCCAUUGCAGAAAUGGCUUUGUUUGAGCCCCUGGGCAUGUACCCGCACCUACACGCACCCACCCCUCCCUGCCCUUUUCUGCUUCCUCCUGCUCCACAUUGUUCUCUCCGGAUGGCAGCUGGGGCAACCCUGGGCAUCCAGCUCCAAGGAGGAGCUGCUAGGCCACCUCCUGGAGAGCGGAGUCCCUGGGUGCCCCUGACCUAUCGGCCACCGUGGCCACCUGGGCUAGUCCACCCCUUGCCUCACAUGGGCAGCCUCACUGGAGCCAUUUUCAGAAGGCACAGGUGACGCUCCCCUUUUGAGGUCUCCAGCCAUGCAGUUCCCCUGGGCCGGAUCUCUUCUCCUCCACCUACCCCUCCUCCAGCCCCUCUUCUUCAGGUGAAGGAACAGGUAGAGCUGGGCCUGGAGGAAGGUGAGGGGAGGUGGGCAAGGCGCUGAAGGUCAUAGAGGUGAGACCUGUCUUCAACAGGACCCGCCCCACAUUGCCCCCUCUCCCCCCCUCACUACUGCACUUUAGCUGCCUCGUGCUCCCAGGGCGCCCACCCGCUACCCACCCUCUGAGCCCUUGGCCAGCCGGGGCUCCCCUGCCGGAGCGUUGAACCUGCUGCAGCUGUUUCUCACUGUUGCCUUAGCUCCCGCAGCAGCUGGCGGAGGGGGAAGGGCGGCAGCUGACCGGAACCAACACCGGGCCUGGGUCCCGAGCCCUGUUCUGCUGCGGGAAUCUCAGCAGGGGUGGCCCCCGGGCAGAGCGACGCCCGGAAAGGGAGGGGAAACUGUUCAGGCUGCAGAAAGAACAAGGUGUAUGUAUUGGGGGGAGGGAGGAUGUGGGGACCCCUGCUCCGUGCCCUCGGGGGUGCAGUGCCUGACACUGCCCACAGUGGUUGCCCUCAGCGAUGGUGGAAGAAGUUGGAGACCCUCCACUCAUCCCGGGAUCCCGUUCCCCUGUCUGGGAGGCCUCAUGUCCCCAGCCCAACCUCUGGCACCAAGCCAGGGAAGUAGGGGCUCCCAGGCCUUGGCGCUCCCUCGGGGGCUGGUCCUUUUUACCCCGGGCCUGGGUGCCACAGUGGGGGCCCUGCCCAGGUCAGAAUUCAGAGGGCAGCACCAGCUCCCCAAUUUGUGACGAAGCCCUGGGGUCUGGCUUCCACCUGUAACUCUGAGGGCAGCCAGUUGCUGAGGCCUUGGGGGACGGGAUGCCAGGCCAGACUCUUCGGGAAGCCUGAGAUUUCUAUUGUCCAAUGGAACACUUUAAUGGUUGUAAUAAUUAUUUGUAUAGAGAUGGAUAUAGUAUUUUAUUUAAAAAAAUGGAAUUUGC